UCUUAAGGUGGAUGCAACUGAAUUUAUUUUUGACCACAAGGGGCGCUGCAUAAGUGGCACUGUCAAAAAGGACGGGCAAAGGAUUCUGGGACUUUUAGUUCUCAGUGAGCAACGGCUGGCCAGAUAACACUCCGAAGAGCAAAAGAAAAGACCCAUGAAUAGUUCGUCUGCGUUAAAUUUAGCGUGAGUACAAGAUCCACAAGCUUUGCAUUUGAACAGCUUUUGGUGGAUUUGUACCGAAGAGCAGCUUACUUUGGGUCAAAAUAAACAGGAAGUUGUUAGCUUUGUGGGACGUGUAGUUCCGUUUGUAGGCCGCCAAGCUUAAUAACAACGCAUACAAAAAAAAAAGAAAUAGCUACAAAAUAACCAAAAACAAAGGUUGUGCUUCCUAACCUUUUGAGAGAACAUGCCCGGGUUCACCUGCUGUGUCCCCGGCUGCUACAACAACUCGCACCGGGACAAGGACCUGCGCUUUUAUACGUUCCCCAAGGACCCCGCUCUGAGGGAGCAGUGGCUGCGGAACAUCUCCCGGGCCGGGGUCAGCGGCUGCUUCAGCACCUUCCAGCCCACCACCGGCCACCGCGUCUGCAGCGUGCACUUCGCCGGCGGAAGGAAGACUUACAUCGUCCGGGUGCCGUCUCUCUUCCCCCUGCGGGGCGUCAAUGAGCGCAGGAGUCGGCGGGGCAGAGCGAGGAAGUUGACCAACUCGGCCCCUGCCCCCGGGAUCGUCGCCACCAGCGUGCUGGGGAACACGGCGGGCGUCGUCGAGGGCACCAUCGGAGGAGAGGUCGGCGACGACAGCAUCACCGUGGUUCAGAUAGGCAACAACGGGGAGUACUUGGGCACGGCGCGGCUUCCCGCGCAGGCAGAGGGACCCUGUAACUACACCCCGCAGAGUCUGGUGGAGCUUAAAGUUGAAGACCUAACCGCGGACUCCGGGGCCAACCAGCAGCAGCUGUCUGUCCAGUACCUGAGUGUGACCAGCAGCCCGCUGGACCACUCGUACUCCCUGACCACCGGCACCACGUCUGCGGAGCUGCUGCGGAAGCUGAACGAGCAGCGGGACAUCAUCGCGCUGAUGGAGGUGAAGAUGAAGGAGAUGAAGGCGACCAUCCGCCAGCUGCGGGUGGCUGAGGCCAAGCUGCAGGAGGAGGUGCGGGAGCGAGACCGGCUGCUGAGCAGCAGCCCGAUGUCUGGGAACGCCCGGAAGAAAAACUGAUGAGGAGGCGACUGAAGUUACCCGAACCGACCCUUUACAUGGACCCAGAUUCAUCAGGAGGAGUGUGAGGAGUAAUCCUGCCCAGUUUUGUAUUAAACUAAAACAGACUGCCUGGUUUAGGUAGCAGAUUGAUUCAUCUUACUGCUAAUCACAUAGGAACUGGACACAUUUUACGCCCCCAAGAUUCCCAAGUCAAGCAUAUUUCUAAGCGAAAGCAGCAGAAGUUGAACUCUGAACUUUCUGGUCGCACAGGGGUUUUUGUACUGACUGUUUUGACUUUGUGUCCAGGCCUUUCAGCUUAUAGUAGGAGGCUGACCCAAUCAGCAGCUUGUGCUUUAGCAUGAAGGGCACCAAGAUGAACAAAACACUACUGACAAGCAUUUUCAUCAUUUAAAUGAACCCAGCCCUCAUCACAGAUGCCUUUCAAUGUACUUUAAGUUAAUUUACCUUUGUUGCUUUUGAAAAUAUUUGUGCAAGGGAAGAAUAGGUUUAGGAAACUCCUUAGAAUAGCGAGUGUCCCACAACAUCGGAAAUGUUAAUAAAGGACGUUUUAACAUGUUUAAAUGUGUUUUCUUUUUUUUUUUUUGCCUUUUCUUGGAGGAAAACAUUUACUGAAGAUAUGGUUUGCAGCUUCUACAUGUAAUCUGUCUCAAGCUAGUUUUGUUUUCAUUUUGUUAUGCCAGUUCAUUUUAUCAUGUUGGACUGAGCGCUUUUUUAUUGUGUUGUCUUUAGGGCUUUAUGCACAAUACAUUUUACAAAUUUAUAAGUUUGAACUCAGGCUGACAGAUGUGCUCCAAUCUCCGUUUGAAGUCAAUGUCAUUGUGAACGUUUUAUGCUGACUCACAUAAAAGACUUCUCAAUGUCAA